AAUAUACACUUACAGGUUUUUGUCUGCUUGCUGGCCACUCUGGCCCUGGUUAAUGCUGGACAACGCGGCGGAGCUGGCGGUGGUGGUGGCUAUCUGCCAGGCGGUGGACGUGGCGGUGGCGGUGGCGGCGGCGGCGGCGGCGGCUUCAGGAAUGGAGCUGGACUCAUCUCUCAUGUCUCACAGUUGCAUGGCAACACGAAGGUGCAAAUUGGCUCAGGCGCUAGCGCUGGAGCCUAUGGCGGCGGUGCUGGCGGCGGCGGCGGUGGCUGGCAGGGAGCAGGUGCUGGCGCUGGUGGUGGACGCGGAGGCUAUGGCGGUGCAGGUGGUGCUGGUGGCUGGCAGGGUGCUGGCGCUGGCGCUGGCGCUGGCGGCUAUGGUGGCGGUGCUGGAGCUGGCGGCUAUGGAGGCGGUGCUGGAGCUGGCGGCUGGCAAGGAGCUGGUGCUGGUGGCGGACGCGGCGGCUACGGCGGCGGUGCUGGAGCUGGCGGCUGGCAAGGAGCUGGUGCUGGUGGCGGACGCGGCGGCUAUGGCGGCGGUGCUGGAGCUGGUAGCUGGCAGGGAGCUGGCGCUGGCGCUGGCGGUGCAGGCAAUGCCUGGGGCAAUCCGGCCUCGUUCGAUUAUUCAGUGAACCAUGGUGCUAGCGCCUCCGGUGGUGGCGGUUCCCGCGGCGGUGCUGGUUGGUGGAACGAUUAAAAUAAUUGUUUACACUAGAUAGAGAAAUGGAUAUGACAAACCGAAUAAAAUGAGUUAAUCAAA